AUGCCAAACUCUCGAGCAGAUCUUUAUCAAGUCUUGUUUUUAUGGCUUUUCAUUGCUACCAUGAGUCUUCAAGUGUCUGGCCAAGGACCGUCUAGCACUGAUUUUGUAGUUAAUUGGCGAACGACUGCCAUCGUUAAAGACCCUAAUGGUUCAGUGGUACUCACAAUGCAACAAAAUCGUCAAUGCGGCGCUCCGGAUCCAGACGAUGACCACCACCGUGACUUCACAUGGAAAGACGCUAACCCGAACUUACCAACUCAAUGGAAGGUACAGCUGUCUUACGCAGACGAUGUACCAUUCCAUGAUCGUAGGGGACAUUGCAGCGCAAGGAGUAAAGCUACCUUUGACGUGAAGAUAGGAGGUGUAGAGCUCCACAUCCGACUCAAUCAGUUGUGUUCCGAUGAAACUUGCAAACACAACGAUCGAAGUGGACAAUUUUCAUGUGGCAUUAUACAUGCCCCGGCCAACACCAAUCACUUUUUCCAUAUUUCUGGUGACAAAGAGGUUAAAUGUACAUGA